AUGGGAAUUCGACCGGCUGACGUGGAUUUUGCAACGACUGCAACGCCAUCGGAAAUGAAGGAGUUAUUUGAAAGUGAGGAGAUUCGUAUGUUGCACAAACGCGGUGAAGAGCACGGAACAAUAACAUGUCGGAUAGAUGAUGCAGAGAACUUUGAGAUCACAACGCUGAGAGUAGAUUUGGUUUGUGAUGGACGACGAGCUGAAGUGCAGUAUACGACUGACUGGCAUCUGGAUGCGAAUCGAAGGGAUUUGACAAUAAACUCGCUGUUCUUAGGUCUAGACGGCACCGUAUUCGACUAUUUUGGAGGAGUGAAAGAUAUUGAAAAGCGACGUGUGGCAUUUGUAGGCGAUGCAGUGCAGCGUAUUCAGGAAGAUUAUCUCAGAAUUCUAAGGUAUUUUCGUUUCUUUGGUCGAAUCUCGGCAUCAACCGAACAUGAAAGUGAAACUUUGGCAGCCAUUAAGGAAAAUAGUGGAGGAUUAGCGUUCACAGUUUUUACUUCGUUUGAUAAUAGCUAG